CCGGAUGUCUCGAUACCCUCGGGUCAGCCAUUAUUCUGGGCUUCAGGUGCCGUCGCGUCCAGUUUUCGUGUCAUCUCCUGGCGUCCCGGCGCCAAGGUAGUGGUCCCCAAGGCCGGAUCCGCCGCGGGAGACGCCGGUCUUAUAGAUGAUAUUCUUCAAGCUCUAAGGAAGAAGUGAAGCAAGGAUUGAGGGACCCUGGAGAGGAGCCUGUCUUCAAUGGCAACAAUGACAAGAGAAAAUUGGGCCCACAAUGCUCUGCGACAAGAGGGCCUUGUUAAAGGGAAGGAUGAUACCUGGAAGUGGGGAACCAGCUUCCAAGGGAGUAGCUCCACUGUUUGGGAGACCUCCCACCUGCACUUUAGACAGUUACGUUAUCAUGAGACAUCUGGACCCCAGGAGGCACUGAGCCGGCUCCGGGAGCUCUGUCGCCGGUGGCUGAGGCCAGAAGCACGCACCAAGGCCCAGAUCCUGGAGCUGCUGGUGCUGGAGCAAUUCCUGAGCAUCCUCCCUGGAGAGAUACGGACCUGGGUGCAGAUCCAUCGGCCUGGGAGUGGUGAGGAGGCCGUGGCCCUGGUAGAAGAGCUGCAGAAAGACCUUGAUGGACCAACAUUAAAAGUUCCAGCCUUUGUCCAGGACCAAGACACUUUCCAGGAGGGUCUGAGUACUCCAGGAAUAGAACUUCCUCAUGCACCCACUGGCAGCCACAUAUCAGCUGAAAUUCGCUCAAAUUCUCUUACUGACCCAGUGGUGUUUGGCUUGCUCCAGGAUCCUCAACAUGAUUCUCCUGCCCCUGAAGCUUCUGCCCUUUCCCAGGAAGAGAACCCCAGAAACCAAUUAAUGGCUCUCAUGCUCUUGACAGCCCAGCCCCAGGAAUUGGUGAUGUUUGAGGAGGUGUCAGUAUGCUUCACUUCAGAAGAAUGGGCAUGUUUGAGCCCAGUUCAGAGGGCCUUGUACUGGGAUGUGAUGCUAGAGAAUUACGGGAAUGUGACUUCCUUAGAAUGGGAGACCAUGACUGAGAAUGAGGAGGUGACAUCCAAGUUGAACAUAUCUCAAAGAGCAGAUUCUCAGAGAGGAAUAUCAAAAAGAUUUCAAGGAGGUGUUCCGCAGCUUCUUGACUUUGAGGAAGAGUGUGAAUGGCAAGUUUUUUCAAGUCAGUGGGGAAAUGAAGCAAAGGAAAGAGAUACACUGAAGAAAGGGUCCCUGUGUGAACGAGACAAGAAAAAAAGGACUCCACCAGAAAAACGAGGCCAAAAGUGGAAGGAAUUUGAAGAAAGCUUGGCUUCAGAUUCAGCUUUUUCUGAAAGUUUAUUAGGUGCUGAAGGAAAGAAGCUGUAUAAAUGUGAUAUAUGUUGUAAACAUUUCAAUAAAAUCUCCCAUCUUAUAAAUCAUCGGAGGAUCCACACUGGGGAGAAACCUCAUAAAUGUAAGGAGUGUGGAAAAGGCUUUAUUCAGCGCUCAAGCCUUCUAAUGCAUUUACGAAACCAUUCUGGCGAGAAACCUUAUAAAUGUAAUGAAUGUGGGAAAGCCUUCUCUCAGAGUGCUUACCUUCUAAACCAUCAGAGAAUCCACACUGGGGAGAAACCUUAUAAAUGUAAGGAGUGUGGAAAGGGCUUCUAUAGGCACUCAGGCCUUAUUAUACAUCUAAGACGCCAUUCUGGGGAGAGACCUUAUAAAUGUAAUGAGUGUGGCAAAGUUUUUUCUCAGAAUGCUUACCUCAUUGACCACCAGAGGCUCCACAAAGGAGAAGAACCUUAUAAAUGUAACAAGUGUCAGAAAGCUUUCAUUCUGAAGAAGAGCCUCAUUCUGCACCAGAGAAUCCACUCUGGGGAAAAACCCUAUAAAUGUGAUGAAUGUGGAAAAACUUUUGCCCAGACCACUUACCUGGUUGACCAUCAGCGGCUCCACAGUACAGAGAACCCAUAUAAAUGUAAAGAAUGUGGAAAAGUUUUCAUUCGAAGCAAAAGCCUCCUCCUACACCAGAGAGUUCACACAGAAAAGAAGACUUUUGGUUGUAAAAAAUGUGGGAAGAUUUUCACUUCGAAGUCAAGUCUCAUUGACCAUAAGAGGAUGCAUAGCAGAGAGAAGCCUUAUAAAUGUACUGAAUGUGGGAAAGCCUUCACUCAGAGUGCUUACCUUUUUGACCAUCAGAGACUCCACAAUGGGGAGAAGCCCUAUGAAUGUAAUGAAUGUGGGAAAGUUUUCAUUUUGAAAAAGAGCCUCAUUUUACAUCAGAGGUUCCACACUGGAGAGAAUCUCUAUGAAUGUAAAGACUGUGGCAAAGUCUUUGGUUCUAACAGAAACCUCAUUGACCACGAGAGACUCCACAAUGGGGAGAAGCCCUAUGAAUGUCGAGAGUGUGGGAAAACCUUCAUUAUGAGCAAAAGUUUCAUGGUCCAUCAGAAGCUCCAUACACAAGAGAAGGCCUACAAAUGUGAGGAUUGUGGGAAGGCUUUCAGUUACAAUUCAAGCCUGCUCGUACAUCGGAGAAUCCACACCGGGGAAAAGCCCUUUGAAUGCAGUGAAUGUGGAAGAGCUUUCAGUUCUAACAGAAACCUCAUUGAACAUAAGAGAAUCCACAGUGGUGAGAAACCGUAUGAGUGUAAUGAGUGUGGCAAAUGCUUCAUUCUGAAGAAAAGCCUCAUUGGACAUCAGAGGAUUCACACAAGGGAAAAAUCUUACAAAUGUAAUGACUGUGGGAAAGUCUUCAGUUACCGCUCAAACCUUAUAGCCCAUCAGAGAAUCCACACUGGUGAGAAGCCUUAUGCAUGUAAUGAGUGUGGGAAGGGCUUUACUUACAAUAGAAAUCUUAUUGAGCAUCAGAGAAUUCACAGUGGAGAAAAAACCUAUGAAUGUCAUAUAUGUAGAAAAGUGCUUACCUCUAGUAGAAAUCUUAUGGUACAUCAAAGAAUCCAUACUGGAGAAAAACCUUAUAAAUGUAGUGAGUGUGGAAAAGACUUUAGUCAGAACAAAAACCUUGUUGUACAUCAGAGAAUGCAUACUGGGGAAAAACCAUAUGAAUGUGAAAAGUGUAGAAAAUCUUUUACUUCUAAGAGGAAUUUAGUUGGCCACCAGAGAAUCCACACAGGAGAGAAACCAUAUGGGUGUAAUGACUGUAGUAAAGUUUUUAGCCAGAGUGCAAACCUUGUGGUGCAUCAGCGAAUCCACACUGGGGAGAAACCCUUUGAAUGUCACCAGUGCGGGAAGGCCUUCAUUCAGAGUGCAAACCUUGUUGUGCAUCAGCGAAUCCACACUGGACAGAAACCCUAUGUUUGUUCAAAGUGUGGGAAAGCCUUCACCCAGAGUUCAAACCUGACUGUACAUCAAAAAAUCCACUCCUUAGAGAAAACCUUCAAGUGCAACGAAUGUGAGAAAGCCUUCAGUUACAGCUCACAGCUUGCCCGGCACCAGAAAGUCCACAUCACAGAAAAAUGCUAUGAAUGUAACGAGUGUGGGAAAACAUUUACUCGGAGCUCCAACCUGAUUGUUCACCAGAGAAUCCACACCGGGGAGAAGCCGUUUGCCUGUAAUGACUGUGGCAAAGCCUUCACCCAGAGCGCCAAUCUUAUCGUGCAUCAGCGAAGCCAUACUGGGGAGAAGCCAUAUGAGUGCAAAGAGUGUGGAAAAGCCUUCAGUUGUUUUUCACACCUCAUCGUACACCAGAGAAUUCACACUGCAGAGAAACCUUAUGACUGCAGCGAGUGUGGAAAGGCCUUCAGUCAGCUCUCAUGCCUUAUUGUGCACCAGAGAAUUCAUAGCGGGGACCUUCCGUACGUGUGCAAUGAGUGUGGGAAGGCCUUCACGUGCAGCUCGUACCUGCUUAUUCAUCAGAGGAUCCAUAAUGGGGAGAAGCCAUACACAUGCAAUGAGUGUGGCAAGUCAUUCCGGCAGAGGUCGAGCCUCACGGUGCACCAGAGAACCCACACGGGGGAGAAGCCCUAUGAGUGUGCCAAGUGCGGUGCAGCCUUCAUCUCCAACUCACACCUCAUGCGCCACCACAGAACCCACCUCGUGGAGAGCACAUAGAGUACAAGGGAGACCUCCAGGUGCCAAUCCAAACCUCCCGCUCCCCAAGUUUGAUAGACACCUCUUGGCUAUUUCCUCCUCGGCAAAAAUGAAGCCUGCUCUGUCCUACAAAGUUAUGGUUUUGGACUUGCCUGGUGGUCCAGGGGGUAAGACUCAGCUUCCAAUGCAGGGAGCACGGGUUUGAUCCCUGGUCAGGGAAGUUCCAUAUGCUCUGCAGCCAAAAACAAAGAAAAAAAGCAACAGUUUUCAGGAGUGCAGCACAAAACACAAGGCAGACAUUUCAGAGGCUAGUUUAAAGAAAAUGAAAAUGAAGGCCUCGAGGCAAGGAUUUUGUUUUUAACAGUACUCCAAGUGAUCAUAUUGUGUGAAAUAGGAUGUGGCCUUCUUAGAAACGGGUCAGUCAGAGCUCCGUGAUAAAGAUCCUUCUGGGGAAAAGGAUUUUUUACUUAAUUUUGUUUUUGAAAACUCUGGUAAUUUUCCUGGGCAACAUGCAGGUUACUGGUGUGUCUGACUGAUGGGAUUCGGGAGCUUUGAACCUUGUGUUCUAGUAUUUUGGGUUUAAGCAGUGACUUAUGAAGGAAACCACUUGGGGUAGCAAUUCACCAACAACUCUCACCUGUGAACAUGCUAAAUUUUCCAUUCCCUGGGUAAUUUUUUUUGAAAAUUAAACAAAAAACUGUCUGCCACUCCUUAAAUGGAUGGAAAUAGGAACCGGUUGUUUCCCUCGUGGUCUGCACCUCGUGACAGUUGGAAUGGUAAAGCUCUGGAGACUGCAAAUGAGUCUUUUCUGAUCAUUUCCCAGCCUGCAUGGCAGUCGUUUGAGGACGGAUGCAGACUGCACAGCAGAGCCACCGAGACUGCUGGGCUGUGUUCCUUUGAGAAGAUCAACAAGUCUUCUAAUAACAACCGUGGUUUCCACUGCAUUCCAUUUGAGUGAGACGCUGCUAACAGACCCCUUCCAAGACAGAGGAGUCACAGAAUAAAGCUGGAGGCAUGCCCACUUUGUUCUCAUUCUGCCCAGGCCAGCCAGAGGGCUCAGUUUGGGCAUCAUUGUCACUUUCUGAAUGAUCUGGUCAUUAGAAGAAGUAAUGGAGCCCUUGUAAUUCUGAGAGAACCCAAGAGGAAAAUGAACAGAGAGGGAGGGGGCAGAGUGGGAUUCCUAAGGUCUUAAUUUUUUUUUUUUUUUUAGAAAUUCAGAGGUAUUGGCAUAUGAAAACUUUUAGGAUGAGGAAGAAACUGGCUGAGGUAAGAUACCUUUGUUACCAUUUGAGCCUUUAUUCCUGGAAAAACAAUUUCUACAACUAUGCAAUAGGUAGAGUCAUGUAAUAAUAUUGCCUUGUGUUUAUACAGAACCUGAUUCCUUGUGUACCUUCUUGUGUAGAGUCAUAAUACCUGGCAUUUAUAUCAUGUUUUCGCAGAGAUCAUUACCUUAAUCCCUGUUACACUGAAAGAGCUGUUUGUCCCUUUACUGAGAGAGGUCAUUUAACCAAGACUAAGUAACAAGCCUGUGUUCAGACCCAGGUCCUAAAUCCAGGUUCCCUUUGUUCUACCAUGUUCAUUCUGUCUUACACAUGUAACCCCACCCGAAUCUGUGGGAGAGUCUGAGAAAGGGGUAGAUAGUCUCAUAGCAGAGCUGACAGAUUUGGGGAUGUGCCUUAGAGUGACCAGCAAACAGCAAAUUUAAGAUAGGGUUUGAGUCUCUUCUCUUGAUUUCUGGAUCUAUCUACAUCCUACUCUCAGCAUGCAAGCAUUUACUUUAAAUGCUAUACCUGGAGAGAGCACUUGGGGGCAGCUCUUGUGCUGCCACGCAGUUAUUGUCUCAUUUCUACAGGACUAAAUAUUAGUUACACAGCGUUUUGUAGUUUACAGAGUACUCUGCCAUACAAAAGGCAUACACAAAAAGCUUCUUAACUUCUUAACUUGUUUUCCUCUUUAACCACAGUCUUUCAUCAAAGUAUGUAUGACUUCUCUUCCCAGUUUCACUCUGAAUCAUAUAGACACAAAAAAUCAAUACAAGCUAUAAGUAACAACCAAAAGUGUUCAUGCCCUCAUAGACCCUGAUAGUGACUCUUUCUGUUCCCAGUCUGGAAGUGGAAAUACCCAAAAAUAACACCACGUGUCUCUGCUGAAAUUAGGAACAAGUUAGGUGUCUUCCUCCCUGAGUGAUCAAGAAGCUCAGAGAGGGCGAGCAGGUCUGAAGAUUCAGGGUAAAUCGGUGACACUAAUACACUAAGAGGCCACAGUUGUGCUUUGUGACCAUUAAGAUGGUUAAACGGAGCCUCGUGUUGUGUUUUUAUCCUUGUAACUAACUGAACGCUGAGUCAUGGCUGAUUGUGAUCUCUAUUUGUAGGGAGUUCAGAAGAGCUAUCCAGAUGAUUAUCAUGUAAAGCUAGGUUUGGGAAUCACUGACCCAGUGUUUUACAACAGUGGUUUUUUAACCUCAUUUGCAUGAUAGAAUUAUCUGAGACAUGUGAAACUUUUUCUGUUUUAGGCCUCAGUAUUUUUUAAAACUUUGAAAGGGUGUGAACCACUGCAAGCAAGUGAAACCUGCAGGUCACAGAUGUGUGUGAUCAGAGGUGGAGAGGAACUCUGGUAUAAGGCAGUGUUCUGCUUCAGCAGAAAAGGACACUGACCGCAUCAGCUUCUGUGCCUCUGACGACCUUUGGCUGCUGAGACUCUGUGACCUGACUCACUGUAUUUGUGUUUCAAGUGAAUAUACCAAAAAAUUUAUUUAUAUAAGCAAAACAAGUUCUAUAUAACAUGCUUUUCUGUUCCCCAUUCGACAAAGUGACUUUUUACAUUUUUGUUUGUAUUUCAUCUCCAAAUCUGGGUUUCCACAAAUACCCAGGUUCAGGACUCCUGAUCCUACACAAAUCAUGUGAGCCUCGUAGGUUGCUAAACAGAUCAGAUCCUUCCCCAGCUUAUAACAACUUUCCCUUCCAAUUCAAUUCCAACCCUCAAAAUAAAUUACCACCUACUUUUUCCAGUAGGGUUUCUGGUAGGAGAGGAGUGACUACCCUUUGUUAUCAAACAACUUAGGUUGCUUAGGUUGUCCUUUUCCUUGGGGUCAUCGCCCUGCUUUUUUAUUCUCGUGCAAACUUAGAUCCCCCACCAAGAACUGAAUCCUCCCUGCAGUGGAAGCUCACAGUCUUAACCACUGCACCACCAGGGAAGUCCCUUCAUCUCCCUUCUUCCUAGGCUGCUCUUGCCAGAAGUAGAUGGGAACUCUGAAGCCCCAUUUUUUAAGUUGCUAACUAUCGGUCUUUCAGCUCUCAGAGAGCUAGGCCUGAUGAUGAGUAUUAAGGGUAGAAUGCAGAAGUCUGUUUUUACCCUUAAGUGAGACAGCAAAGGGAUACAAAAGUGAAUCCUGGGGGAGAGAGUCCUCAUCAGCAUACAUGCACAUAAGCACACACAGCCCCCUCUCAAACACAAUUGGCUGUGAAUCCUCCAGGCUCAGAAGGCUAGCCCUUCCACCAUGCUGUGGGUCCCCUCUCUCCUCUAGGUGGCUGUCCUCCCACUUCUGUCACUUUCCCACCUGUGUGCCUAACCUUUCUGGGGUUGCGAUCCAUUUGAGAAUCUGGUGGAGGUUGUGGAUCCUCUUUAGGAGAAACUCAGAUUGCACGCUCAGUUUUGUGUUCAUUUGUGGAGGCAUAUCAACUCCCUGAGGCCAAUCGAAGAAUCCUUUGGGGUCUCAAAUCACACCUGGGGAUUUACUAUGUAAUCACCCACACCUGCAACACAAUGGUAACUAUUUUUUUUGGCUGUGUGUGACUUAGUGGGGUCUUAGUUCCCUGACCAGGGAUUGAACUCCAGCCCCUGCAGUGAAAGUGCUGAGUCCUAACCACUAGACUGCCAAACAAUUCCCAGUGACAUUUUUCAAAAUCAACAUCAGACUACGGAAUCUCUAGGGAUGUUGCCCAGACACGUAACCUUUUCAAUCUUGCUCCUGGAUUCUCCCCCCACCCCGCCCCCCUCAGCAAAUGGUGGCAUCAUCCAACACCCAGACCGGAAACCCAGGAGCCGUUUCUGGCUUCCAGUGUAUCAGGCAUUGAUGACAAAAAUAGUUGUUAUGCACUCUCUUUGUGGCAGACAUGGUGCUAGGUCCUGGGGUACCAAACCAAGCAAGGCUUGCAUUUCCCCCUUUUCAUGUCUCUCACUGGAAAGCUGGAUCCCUUAACAUGAUUUAUUUACCAAGCUCUUUAUCAUCUCUUUCCAGCCUAUUGGUUUUGUUUCUCAUGCACCUUUACUGCGGCCUGGAGGCAACUUGCUCUCGUGGUGCCUGUGAUCUCUUAUCACCACACCCCACAGCCCCCUUCUGCUUUGUGUAAUAUUUGGCUUCUUUCAAUAUGCGGCUCAGGCCCAUCUCUGGGAAACCUCUGACCUCCCCAUGGCCAAGAAGUAUAUUUACAAGUGUAGAAGAGCAUGAUACUUGUAUCCAGAGUUUUACUUUGGGCUUUAAAGUGAAAAGCAUCUGGAUUCAAAAUUGUGUGUAUAUAGUGCAGUUCUCGUAAAAUGUUGUUACAUACACUGUAUACGCUUUAAAAAUGUAUAGAUAAAAUACAUGAAGGAAAUAAAAAAGUUAUAAAUGUUUAAGUGACUUUUUUGGAGCCAUACAAAUGGUAAAUUCCAGAGCUUGGGCUCAAACCCAGGUUCUAGGGAUAAUGGAAUUAUAGGUGAUUAAAAUUUUUUAAAGUAAUUUUCAUAUUUUUUAUAAGGAACAAAAAUUUUAUAAUCAGGAAAAAUAUUUAUUAUAAUCACAAACUUAGUUUUAUUGUAUUAACUAUAAAUAGUAUCUCUCAUUCUCUACUUGGUAGAAUGUGGGAUGUAGAAUUUUGGUAGAAUGUGGGAUGCUCUGUCUCCUCCCCUUGUCCACCUCUCUGCCUCUGAAAGUGUCAAGUCUGACAAUUCUUAAAUUCUGUUCUGUAACCAUAGUCUUUUAUGCUUUGUUUAUUGAUUUGUUCUGAAAGUUGAAAUAAACAGCAUGAAUGUUAUUAUGACUGUAUACAUGUUCACUGCAGAUGUAGUUUAUUGUGAUUCUGUUUCCUUUUUGGAGCAACAUUUUGUUUUUAUUGAAGUUUCUAGUUGUCUUUUCCCCUUGUGCUGGUUGCUUUUAAUACCUCCUCCAUUACUUCCAAAUUCUCCAUCCAAUUAGACGUUCUUUGAGUCCCCCUUUCUCCUGUAUAUAUUCCUUCCAGAGACCUCCAGCCUCCUGUUUUAGUCUGUCCAGGAUGUUUGUUUGUUUGUUUUUAAUUUUAAAAAAUUUUUUGGCCACACUACGUAGCCCGUGGGAUCUUAGCUCCCUGACCAGGGAUCAAAUCCAUCCUCCAAGCAGUGGAAAUGCAGAGUCUUAACCACUGGACCACCAGGGAAGGCCCAGUCCUUGGUAUUCUUUAUGCCUACUGUCCUUUUGUUACACUGGUACAUAGCAUCCUAAAUUCCACAUCUACCUUUUGUUUCCACUCUGGUUUCACUGCAGAGCAUCAAGUCACUUACCAAAAAGAACGUGUGGAAGGCAAGAGUAUGUUGGGUGCCUAUGUAUGUAAAACAACUUUCUCUGCUCUCACACUUGGCUUGGUAGUUUGACUGGCUGUGAAAUUCUAGGUUGAAAAUUUACCCCCAGAGCUUGUAGGCAUUGCUUCACUGACUUAUAGCAUCCGACAUUGCUAAUUAGAUGCCUGAUUGCAGGCUAAUUCUUAUUCUUUGACAAUCAGUAGAACUCACAUUUUUGUGAUCUCUUUUCCCACCCCUUUCACGCUCUUAAAGUCUCCUUUUUAUCCUUGCUAUACUCCAUUCCCUAAUGGACUCAGUGAAAUUUUUCAAUCUAGCGACUCAAGUACUUCUAGGAAAUUUUCUCAUGUUAUUUAUGUGACGGUUUUCCCUUUGCAUAUAUUUUUUUUCUAUUUUCACUGUUUUUGCAAUUCCUGUCAAUCAAAUAUAACUUCUGGAUUGAUCCUCAACUACUUACUAUAUUACUUUCAUUUCCUUGUCUUAUAUACCAUUUUCUGGGAGAGUACCUUGAUUAUUUUUCAACCUUUCUAGUGAGUAUUUUGGCAGUAAUUAAUUUGUAAGAGCCUUUUCUUGUUCUCACUUUGUUCCUUUUGUGUAGCAUACUGUUCUCAUUUUACAGAUGCCUCUUAAAUCUGAGUAUUCUAAUUAGAAGGAUUUUCCUUAAAGUCUCUUCUGUCACUGAAUUGCCUCACCACCUUCAUUCCCCUGCUCUGGGUCCUUUUUUUUGUUGUUGUUGUUUAUCCUGUUGACUCUCUUUGGAGGAUUUCCUCAAAUAUGUUGUGAUUCUUACACACUCAGAUAUAAACAUGCAUAUAUUUGUGUGGUGUGGAGGCAGGUAGUGGGCUUGGCUCAGUAAAAGGCUUCCCUCUUGAGUGGUUGGUAGGAACAAGUUGUUUCCCUGAAGACUCUAAAUGCCAGGAUGCAGAGAUCUUUUGGCAAAAAAUCAUCUCAUGUUUUUGUCUGGGGUUUGGAUAAUGUAAGUUGAUUUUCUAGAGUGAGAGAGAAGGGGAUCAAGUGUUAACUACAGGUUUUCAGUUGAUGCUCUUAUUUUUUAUUCUUAAAUUAAAAAAAAAUUUUUUUUUUUUUUUUUGGCAGCACUGCACUGCAUGCAUGGAUCAUAGUUCCCCCACCAGGGAGUGAACCCAGCCCCCUGCAGUGGAAGCUUGGAUUCUUAGACCCCUGAUGCACUUAUUUUUAGCCCUAUUCCACCUUACCCUUCAUUGCACCAGGGGUUUCCAAGUCCCAAGUCAUCUGGAGUUUGGCAGGUAGACAGCUGCCUCCUUUACUGCAUUGCCUUUAGCAAGUAUUUCAAGUUGUCACUCCCUCCAUCUAAUUUUAUUGUGGAUGAAGCCACUAUUUCAUCCAUUUUCUAUCCUGUAGAAAUUUGUGUCCCUGUCCCAUCAUUGUUCAUAUAUUUUAAACCAUUUUAACUCAUUUUAUUGGAAGCUAAAUGAUUUAAAAAAGAAUGUUGAUAAUCCUUUGAUACAGUAGUACCACUUUUAGAAAACUAAAACUAAUUAUUUUGACAAUGGUUUAUUUACUUGUCAGUGUUAAUAUUUUACAAAAAAUGAAAACAGUCCAACUGACUAACAAUAGUAGAAUGAUUAUAUGUGAUGGAAUGUUCUGCAACCACUAAAUAUAAUUUAAGGAAUCUUUAGUGAUACAAUAAAAUAUUUGCAAUAAUAUUAAAUGAAACAUGCCAAGUAUAAAACUGGUGUAUAUAGAUACUUCAUUUUUCUUAAAUGUAUUAAUACAUGCCUAGAAAAGACUGGAAGAAAAUAAAUACCUGAGGUAUUAACAGUGGUUAAAUUUUCCUGCAUUGUCUACAUUUUCUACAGUGAGCCUAAAUUACUUUCAUGAUCAGAAGGGAAAAAUUAAGAAAAAGAUCUUGGCUUGUUUGGAAUGGUAAGAUGUUCUUGUGGGGUGUGGAAUGGGUAGUGGGGAACAGCAGAAUAAGAGUCAGGGGAAACACAGUGGUCAGUUACCAAGGACCUAAUGCCAGGCGAGGGGAUUCAGUAACCCCAGUGUUUGUGACAUGCAGUUAAAGCUGUGGAGAGUGGAGGCUGGGCUGGUGAGGGGAGAAAGGACUCUGGAGACAUACAGACCACUUCUGUCAGAGUCCAGGAGAGACCCUGGAUUCUGACCCAGGCAGCUGCAGGGGCCAGAGGAGAAGAGAUGGAUGGAAUGAGCAGGCCUUCGCGGCACGGAGGAUCAAUCCAGUCCUCCACACCCUGUGACACAUGAUCUCUGACCACUGAGGCCUAGCCCAGACCCGAGAGGUCCUGGUUUCUGUGUGCCUCUCUGGGGCUGCCCUGUGUCACCCUGGGUGUGAGGAGGCAACCUAAGUCCUAGCGGGCUACUUGGCUCCCCAGAUCCCCAUGCUGGGCCAAUAGCAAGGCUGUAACUGCCCUGUUGGAGGGGUUUCCUAUGUGCUCGGCACUCUGCUAAAUGCCAGAUGUUUUUUUAAUCUCAUUUAGACUUCACCUGAGGAGGGAAGUUCUUUUAUCUACAUUCUCUUUAUUCUUUUUUUCUUUUGAAAUAAGUUUUUAUUGGAGCAUGGUUGCUUUACAAUGUUGUAUUAGUUUCUACUGUACAGCAAAAUGAAUCAGGUAUAGGUAUACAUAUGCCCCCACUUUGGUGGAUUAUCUACAUUUUCAUAGUCAGCAGUCACAGUCAGGAUUAAGAUAACUGAGGCUAAAGACCAUUAUCCCCUCGCCCAAGCUAUCUUCUCAGUGUGCCUCCAAGAACCCCUCUCCUUAUCUAAAAGUGCUUCAUUUAAUUGGGAACAACAGUGCUUGCCUGUGGUAAGAAGUUCGGUGGUACAAGAGCAGACAACAAAGAAGUUGUGUCCCUCCCAGCCCAGAGUAUGGGUAUCACAGAGAUAACUGUUGUCAAUUUCUGGGGGAUCCUCCCAGACAUGCAUUUAUAGUCUUAUAUAUUCCCCCCAACACAGGCACACACACGAGCUUAGGAUACUUUUUUUUUCUUAACUCAGUGUGUCUUGGAGAUGGUUUGUUUGCCUGUAAGAUAUAUCUCAUUCUUUUUUACUGCUGUGUGAUAUUCUGUUAUAUGGACGUACCAUGAUUCAUGGAGCAAGUGCCCUACUGGUGGUCAUGUAGGUUCUUUGCUAUCUUUUGCUUUUACAAACAAUGCCAUGAUGAAUAUCCUAGCAUACUGUCCUGUAUCAGUUUAUCCUGCAGCAAUUUUGUCUGCAGGAUAAAUUGAUAAAGGGCAUGUGCAUUUGAUAUUUAGAUAGAAAUUGCAAAAGCAGUUCCUAUUAUGUGUGAAAAUGCCCACUUCCCUGAAUCCUCUAUAAUACAAUUGCUGUCUUUUCUGCUCUGAUAAAUGAAAAUGCUGUCAUAUUUUAGUUUGCAUUCAGUUAUGAGUGAACCUGAAAAUCAUAUCUUGUGUUUAAAAGC